AUGCCCUUGGCUAAGAGUUUAGAAGGCGUCCGGAAUGAAGCUGCUCCUGGAAUAAGUUAUUUCUCUCCUUAUCAGAAUCCCAGAGCUGGUACGGCGGCAGAUCCCCAGUCAGAUGGAACGAAGCCGCCCAAGUUGUUCCAACCUCUAAAAUUGCGGGGUGUAACAUUCCAGAAUCGCAUUGGGUUGUCUCCUCUAUGUCAAUAUUCUUCCGAAGAUGGACAUCUGACAGACUGGCACAUCGCUCACAUUGGCGGCAUCGCACUGCGCGGGCCUGGAUUCAUGCUGAUUGAAGCUACUUCUGUCCUUCCAGAAGGCAGGAUCUCCCCCGAAGACGCGGGUUUAUGGAAGGAUUCCCAAAUCGAGCCCAUGCGACGCCUUGUCGAAUUUGUCCACAGUCAGAGUCAAACCGUUGGAGUCCAACUCGCGCACGCGGGCCGGAAAGCAAGCACCCUAGCCCCGUUCCUUGCGACGGGCGAUAUUGCCGUGGAAGAAGCCAACGGAUGGCCGGACGAUAUCAAAGGCCCCAGUGACAUUCCUUAUUCUACCCGGAUGGGCCAACCCAAGGCGAUGACAAAAGCGGAUAUUGAAGAAUUCAAAGAAGCGUGGGGAGCAGCUGUUCGACGCGCGGUUAAAGCUGGGUUUGACUAUAUCGAAAUCCAUAACGCACACGGAUAUCUCCUGUACUCGUUCCUCUCACCGGUUUCGAAUAAUCGCACGGAUGAAUACGGAGGAAGUUUUGAAAAUCGGAUUCGACUUACUCUUGAGAUUAUUGACAUUUCCCGCCAAAACAUGCCCGAAGACAUGCCAUUGUUCCUCCGCGUAUCUGCAAGCGAUUGGCUAGAGGAAUCUCGCCCGGAUUUGCCAAGCUGGAAGUCGGAAGAUACCGUGCGUUUUGCGCAGGCGGUAGUGGAAAAAGGAGGGGUGGAUUUCCUUGAUAUUAGUUCAGGAGGUAAUCAUCCUGAUCAGAGGAUAACACUAGGCCCGGCUUUCCAGGCGCAUUUCGCCAUCGCCGUGAAAAAGGCAGUGAAAGACCGGAUCGCGGUGGGAACCGUGGGAAGCAUCACAGACGGCAAACAAGCAAACGACUUGCUUGAGCGAGAGGGUCUGGAUGCGGUGUUAGUGGGGAGAUUGUUCCAAAAGAACCCUGCAGUGGUGUGGAAGUUUGCGGAAGACCUGGGAGUUGAUUUCAAGCUUGCGAACCAGAUUUCGUGGGCAUUCGCUAAACGAGGAUCGACCGGAUUUCUGAAGUUGAGAGGGAGCGAGCAGAAGAAUUAG